AUGAAAAGGUUUUACUACGAAUAUUAUUAAUAAAUAAACAAUAGAAGAAAAACACUUCAUAACAAGAGUGAAUUAUUUAUUGGGAAAAAAGAAAACGAGGCAUCAACUAUUCAUUCUAUUGAAUAACUAAAAUCUAAGAAAUUUUCUAUUUCAAGACCAAUAAGUUCAAUCAGUCUUAAAAGAAACAGUACAUCAUAAAUUGAUAACAGUUUUAAUCUGAUAAGUCUCAAUGAAUUUGCAUUGAUUUAAUAAUACAAAACAGUGAAUUUAAUAUCAAAUUAGCUAAACCGAUCAUCGAGUAAACAAUUUAGAAAAAGGAUAAUUAGUUCAGAUAAAAAUUAAUAGUUUAGACAAUUUCCAAAUAAAUCGAUAAUUAUUUCAAAUAUUAACAUAGAAUGA